AUGCGAUACCUCAUUGCGUUCCUCACACUUCUGACGGCGGUCAACGCCCAAUUCGGGGGCUUCUUCGACCAGAUGUUUGGCGGCGGCGGCGGCAACGGCCACCCACACGAAGCUCACCAGCAAGGAAGCCAGCAGGCGCCUAACAACCCGAGCGACGCAUCGCUUUUCCGACAACGUUACGAGCACUCCAACUGCGACAAGUUCCUCUGCCCCGACACACUGGCCUGCGUGCACUUCCCUCACCAUUGCCCGUGCGCCUUCGACUCACACCAGGAAAAGUUCGAGCUCGCCGAGGGCCAGAGGAUAUGCGUCUCAAGGAGCGGAUUCAAGCCAGGCGAGACCGCUCGAAAAAUCGAGCUGGCGCGGAAGGGCUUGCUGUAG